UGUGGAGCCCAGAAUUCCGCUGGUGUGACAACAGAAUGUUGCAACAGCAACACACAACCUCUGCCAGAAUCCCCCAAAGCCAGGGUGGAUACCAUCCAGCUCCUUGUGGAAGUGUUCUGAAGACAUUAAUUGUCUGUCAGGACCAAACAGAAAAGUAUCCAGGAUUUCGGCCAGCAACAAUGUCGGCACCAGCUCUCCAAUGUGAAGCCAGGAACCCCUCCUCAUCACCGGAAUGCACACCCUACCACACCUCCAGGGACAUCAGAUACAUCUUCCUCAAAAGCUGCAGGAACAUCCCUGCAUUCCGCACCCUGGACGGUGCAGGCGCCAGCAACGUCUACCAAGGACCCACGUCCUGCCACCCCACGUUACAGCACGACCUCAGCACGGAUGAAGACUCCUAUUCCUCUCUUCCUCAGUACCUCCCCACCUUUGUCACCUUCUCCAUGCGCCUGGAGAAGGAAGCCACGGAUUUGAGACGCUCCCCUGGCUCCAAGAAAAGGCUGCCGGUGUUCCGCCAGCUGUGCGGAGAGGCCGUGGAGGAGCUGGAGGAGCUGCCCGGUGCCAAAGCACCCAGGGAGAACAUGAAAGGCUGGAGGCUCAUACAGGCAGCUGGGUGCUCUACCUGCAGCAAGGCAUGAACUGACUCUGAGAUACUGUCUGGAAAAAUACAACAUUAAUGGUGUCCUUACAUUA